UCAUUCAACUGUGGAGAAAAAGUGGUUGAAAACAUGGGAACGACUACAUCUGUGCAGCGGGACGCGAAGAGCCCCGAAGAUGCGACAGCCGAGGAGUGCAGCAUAGAGGUGAACGAGGUCCAGAACGGGGAAAACAUUGAUGCAAAGGAGCUCCAGAAGAAUGGUCAGAUUUCUAUCUCCAGUUUGAAUGGGAAGACUGAAGAUCAGACAGAUCUUAAUGGACACUCAGAGGACAACACGCCAGCUGAGGUUGGCCAGACAGACACUGUGCCCCAGAAAGAAGACAGCCCUGACACAAUGGAGGUGCUCCAGGAUGAGGUCUCACCUCAGGUAAAUGGGGAGAAAGAGGAGAAUGAGUCUGCAGAUGCAGAUGAGAUCAAAGUCACAGAGGAGAAGCCUGCUGAGGAGAAACCAGCGGAGUCCAACGAGGUGGGCUUCAAGAAGAUCUUUCGCUUUGUUGGCUUCAAAUUCACUCUGAAAAAGGACAAGAACGAAAAGACAGAACCUGUGCAGCUGCUGACAGUGAAGGAAGCUGAAGCUGGUGCCUCGGAAGCAACCUCUGAAGAAACCAAGGAUGAGGCUGCAACAGAGGAGGAGAAACCCGCAGAGGAGAAGGAAGCCGAAGUCAAGACAGAGCAAGAGGUAACAGAAGCUGCUGGAGACAACACACAGGAGCAGUCUGAACAGGCUGCACCUGACGCCUCUGAUCAAGUUGCUUCUGAAACAUCUGAGCAGGUCGCUUCUGAGCAGCCAACAGAAGAGGCUUCGCCGGAUGCAAAGAAAGAAACGGAGGCAUCUGCAGAACCAUCUGUCAGUCCCCCUGCUCAGGAGACACAGUCACCCUUCAAACGGUUCUUCACUCAGGGUAUCUUCUCAAACCUGAGGAAGAAGGCAAGCUUCAAGAAACCCAAAGAGGAGGAGGCGGCAAAGCAAAAGCCUGCAGAGGAGGAGAUAAAGGAGACAGAGGAAGCAACGGAGGCCGCAGGAGAAGACACUGAGAAAGUAAAAGAGGGAGUGGAAGAUGGGUUGGCUGAGAAGGAGCAAGAGGAGAAACCUGUGACACCUGAGGAGGGUGAAGCAGAACCAAGCACAGAGGAUGUGCCCACUGAGGAGCAAAAGGAAGAAGAGAAAAAAGAGGAAAUUCAAGCUGCAGCUGACACUAAACCCGAAGCUCUUGUUGAAGCAGAAGAGGGUGCUGAGGCUCCAAGCACUGAGACUACUGAUGAUUCCAAACCCACUGACGAGACCAAACCAAACGAGGACAAAGCUGAGGAUGCAGUCCAGGAGGAAACAAGUCCUGACAAAGCUUCUGUAGAGGUUUCUACUGAGGCUGAAAUUCUGUCAUCCCAAGAGAAGGCAAAGGCUCAAGGCAGCCCCCUGAAAAAGCUAUUCACUGGAGCUGGUCUUAAAAAGCUAUCCUCCAAAAAACAGAAGGGAAAGAAGGAGGCUGAGACAAAGGCAGUGGAAUCUGGAGAACAGGUCGCUGAGCAGCUCCAGUCAUCCACUGAAUCUGCAGAAGGUCAGAAGCCUGAGAGUGGAGCUUCAUCUCCUGAAGAAUCAGGUGAGCAUGUUGUAGGUGAGGCUACUCAAGUUGAAGCAAGUCAAGAAGGUGAGGAAGAAGCAGUUGCCUCUGACAGUGAGAAGAAGAAAGAAGGGAUCUUGCCCUGGGCUUCCUUUAAGAAACUAGUAACCCCAAAGAAACGCGUUAAGAGACCGUCUGAGAGUGAAGAUGAAGCAGCACCCAAUGACAAGACCAAAUCUGCGACCUUAUCUUCAACAGAGAGUGCCGUCUUUGAUGAGAAACCGGAGGAGCCAAAGCCAAGUGAGGAGGCAGAGCCCAAGGCUGAGCCAAAAGCUGAGAAAGUUGAGCCAACUGCAGAGGAGCCAAAGAGGAAGAUGGACACCUCUGUGUCCUGGGAGGCUCUUAUCUGUGUAGGAUCAGCCAAAAAAAGGGCCAGGAAAACCUCAGACUCUGAUGAUGAGGAGACUAAGAUUGAAGAGGAGGUACAGCAGUCUGGAGAAGAAAAGGCAAAAACUGCCGAAUCUCCACAUGAAAGUUCUCCAGAAGCAGAUGAAAAUACAGCGUCAUCCCCUGAACCAGAGGGCGAGCUUGUGUCUACUUGGGAAUCCCUCAAAAGGCUGGUUACCCACCGUAAGAAACCCAAAGCUGAGGAUAAGGCUGAUGAUGCUGCUGGUGCUGAGCAAGCAACCUCAGACAGUGAAAUCCCCAAAGAAGAGUCAUCCUUCUCCCUAAAGAAACUGAUCCCUCGUAGGAAGAAAAAAACUGAUGGAAAACAAGAGCAGGUGUCUUCUGAUGUCGGAUCUGCAGAGGAGGACUCUGACACACCAGCUGUGGUCCCCUUGUCUGAGUAUGACAAUGAACCAGCUGAACCAGUGGCAACUGAGGAAUCUAAGAUGGAGGAGGUGAAGCCAGAGGUGUCAGUUCCAGUAACUCAGGCAAGAGCCUCAGCUGAAGACCGAUCACCAUCAUGGAUCUCAGCCACUGUGGAAGAUAUUCAAGAUGAAGCAGAGGGGAAACAGUUGAGUGACAUACCAGAGGAGGGAGAUACAGCUGGUACACCCAAAUCAGCUGACAACACAAUCGCUGAAGACAUUGUAGAGAUGACUUCAGAUGCCGUCACUGCCCUUGAGCAAGUAGAGGAGACUGAAAUGGUCUCUGCUGUCUCACGUAUUACAGCAUCACCAGUUACAUCUGGUGAAACCACACCAGUGCAGCAUGAAGGUUUGGAGAAGAGGGCUGAGACAGUUAUACAGGAGGCUGUGGAAACUAUCAGUGAUAUUCCAAAUUCCAUUGCAGUCACAAUAAGUGAGGAGCAACAGAAAGUUAUUGCCACCUCCACCUCCCCACUCCAGGUUGAGACAGCUAAAAAGGAAGAGAAAGUGGUGCUAGUAGCGCAUGACAAAAGUGCUGCUACAGCCAUCUGCACAGGACUUGUCAGUGAGGAAAUUGAAAGUGCUAAUGAAGAGACACCCUUGAAGGCUUCAGUGGAGUGUGUCACAUCUGUAAGUGAAGCAUUGCCCACAGAGAUCACUGUUGGGGCUGAAAGUGAGAAACCCAAAGAGGCUGUUGUAACAGAGGAUAAAGUUUAUGAGGCUCAAGUGCAAGAUGUCGAAACCAAGGUGGAAGAGAUUCUCGCAGUGCCCUUGGAGAAUUCUGUAGAGGAGAAGGUGGAGCUGGAAGAGGUCAAAGAGACACCUGAGCCUGAGUCUGCAAAUGAACUACAGGAACCAACUGCAGUCAAGGUAGCUGUGGUUAGUGCUGUCCAAAUGGAGGCAGAACCUCUUGAGGAACCACUUGUAAUUGAAAACACACCAAAGUUUGAAACAGAGGGACCUAUUGAACCAACUGUGGAAGUUCCCGUCUGUACUCAAACGGCUGAAGUUACUGAGGUUGUUGUCAGAGAGGAUGAAAAGUUUCAGAAGCUUGAAGAGGUUGAGGAAUCCACUGCCAGUGCUGAGAUAGCAUCUUUAGAAGCAGUUAAUGUGGCUGCCACCGAAGAAAUAAGUUCUUUGUCAGAUGCCCCCGUGGAGGAGACAUCUGAGUCCAAGGAAGCUGUUUUCCCUGUUUUGGCUCCUACUGCGGAACUCGCAGUUUCCAAAGAAGCUAUUUCUGUCAUUAGUCCAAUCUCUGACAUUGCAGAUGUAAAGACAGCAGAGAAAAAGAGCGAGGUUGUACUGGAAAAUGCUCCUGUUGUCCAGGACACAGACCACAAAAUUCAAGUUUUGACGGAUGAGGUUGAGAUGAAUUCAGCGUUGACAGCUGUUGAAUCAAGUACGGAAGUGGCAUCCUCAGUUGUCACUGCUGUAGUUGACGUUUGUGAGGAUGUAAAAGAAGAGUUGACACUGUCACAGGCAAAGCAAGGUGAGGAGGCUCAGGGUAUAGAAGAACAGAGCACUGUUAUUGUUCAGACAGUUAUCCAGAGUAUAGUGGAGAAGCAAGCACCAGAACCUGAAGAGCAAACUGUAACCGAAACAAUAUCAGAAGAGGUUCCUGUAGUUGAAACACCCUCAGCAGAGGCACCAGUUUCAGAGGAAAAGGAUGGAGCCCCUGAGCAACAAGUUAAGACAGAGGACAAAGUUGAAGAAGAAGAACCAAUCCGAAAUGUCAUUGAGAAACUACCACAAACAAUCCAUGAAGCCAUCCAGGUUUUUGAAACUGUCCAGGUUGGUAUUGUAGACAAAAUUGAGGACCAGCAGGAGGAAUUUGCAGAUCCCUCUGUCACCACUGUGCACCAACCCACAGAAGUGACAGUACAGGACGUAGAAUUGAGGAAUAAGGAAGAGGUAACACAGAGUGAGAAAUCACAACAAUCCACAACAGAGGUGAAUGGUGAGAAAGAAGAAGUUGCAGAUACUGAUCCAUCCAUGCAAACAGAUCCUGAAAGCAUAAAACAUGCCCAGGUGAUAGAGAAACAGUGCCAGGUGGCACAUGAGAUUUCUAUCGAGACAGCAGAGGAAUUCAAUGUUGGAGUCAUACAUGUGGUGAAUGCAGAUGAUACAAACAUGAAAGACGAUGGCUCUGAGGCUCAGAAAUCAGUGGAAGAGAUCCCUCAAACGCCUUUGGAAGAGCCUCAAAAGAAGAUUUCAACACAGGACACACAGAACAAGGAGCAGGCUGAAGCAGAUGACACCUGUCAGAAGUCAGAUGCUAAAGACGAAGCCGCCACGGGGGAGACAGCAGCUGAGAAAAUAGCCAAAGCUGUGACAGAGAUGGAGGUCGUUGAGGAGGUGGUGAUUGAGAAUGAACCUGUCUCCACAGAGGUUGCAACAGUAUCAUGAGCAGUCUUUGAGGGAGAGACAGUCGCAUGACUUGAACAUGGAACGUACCUGAAGCAGGAAGUGUGAGGCUGUUGUACAGAACACACCCAGAUAGCGCUCUGCCACACCCCUCAGGAGCAGGAGACCAAUGAACAAUAUCUCUGCUCUUGUCAGUCAUCCUCUCACUUAUCCAUCAGUCCAUCCAUCCCUCCAUCUAUCUUGUAUUUCUCUAUGGCACCUGUCCUGUCAUAAAUGCCAUUCAUUUGCAUUCCACCUAAGAGCCUUCCUCCUCCCUUAAUAUAUUCUGAACUCUGUACUCUUUUCCCGAACACUAGAGCCUCAAACCUGUCCCUUAUCCAAGACCACCACCAGCCAAACUGACACAGACUCUGCUCAUCCUGCCUGUAACUGAUGUGAU